AUGGUCAUCUUCAUUUACUUACUUGUCUUACUAUGCGAAGAGGCUCACGGAUGGGGAUUCAAGAAUGGAAUUUUUCACAACUCCAUAUGGCUUGAGCAAGCAGCGGGAGUAUAUCACAGAGAAGCACGGUCUGGCAAAUACAGGCUCACCUACUCAGAAGCCAAGGCAGUGUGUGAAUACGAAGGUGGGCGCCUUGCCACCUACAAGCAGCUAGAGGCAGCCAGGAAAAUUGGAUUUCAUGUGUGUGCUGCUGGAUGGAUGGCCAAGGGCAGAGUUGGAUAUCCUAUCGUGAAGCCAGGGCCCAACUGUGGAUUUGGAAAAACUGGUAUUAUUGAUUAUGGAGUCCGUCUUAAUAGGAGCGAAAGAUGGGAUGCCUAUUGCUACAAUCCUCAUGCAAAGGAGUGUGGUGGUGUCUUUACAGAUCCAAGACGAAUUUUUAAAUCUCCAGGCUUCCCAAAUGAAUAUGAAGAUAACCAAAUCUGCUAUUGGCACAUUAGACUCAAGUAUGGUCAGCGUAUUCACCUGAGUUUUUUGGACUUUGACCUUGAAGAUGAUAUAGCUUGUUUGGCUGACUAUGUCGAGAUAUAUGACAGUUACGAUGAUGUCCAUGGCUUUGUGGGAAGAUACUGUGGAGAUGAGCUGCCAGAAGAUAUCAUUAGUACAGGAAAUGUUAUGACCUUGAAGUUUCUAAGUGAUGCUUCAGUAACAGCAGGAGGUUUCCAAAUCAAAUAUGUUGCAGUGGAUCCUGUAUCCAAAUCCAGUCAUGGAAAAAAUACAAGUACUAUUUCCACCGGAAAUAAAAACUUUUUAGCUGGAAGAUUUAGCCAUUUGUAA